AUGUUUAAUAAAAGCAAUAGAAGUGCCAUGACAAGACAGAAAACAGAUAAGCCCAAUAAAUCAAUUAUUUGAAACACUUUCUUUAUUUUCUUUACGAUUAUUACUACAGGAUCUUUCCUCGGAUUUUUGGUUGAUAUUUAUUAUAUGAGCCCAAAAAUUUUAAUGAAAGAGUUAGAUAUGAACAAUUUGACUGGCCCGAAGUGGUAUAUGCAGAACUGCCUCGCAUUUGCAUGGAUCUUUAAAAUAUUGUCUGUCACCAAUCUUAUGCUGAAUAAAUCAGAAUUAAGUAGAGAAUUUUUUCCAAUAAUUAAAGAUAUUGGAGUUACUAUUGCAUUCUGACUGGAAUAUUACAUUUCGUUAACUCACUCCUCCAUUAGCGAACAAAAAAAAUUUUGUUCGCUUAUAGAGGGGGUUAAUUUUUUUUUUAUAAAAUUUAAAAAACCCAUUCGUAAAAAUUGGAAAACAAAAAUUUAAUUAAUUUGUAAAAUUUAUGUUUUAAAAUGCAAGAUUUUUAAAUUAAAACAGAAUUAGCUAGAGAUUUCAUUUACUGAUUAUUAAUUAUAUAUCAAAUUAAAAUUUUUUGUUCGCUCGCAGAGGGUAAAAAUAUGAAUUUUUCCAAUGAUUAUUUCGCUCACGGAGAGAGAAGUAAGGCUUUUUUCGCUUUCAGAUUAUACUUAUAAGCUUUCUGGCCACACUUUGAUUUUGACUUCUGUGACUUGCAUGAUAUUAGUUGAAGCCCAAAGAAAUUUUUUAAUUACAGGGAAUAUUAAAGUGAAGAGAAUUGGCAAAUUAAUGAUGCUUUUGAAUAGCUAUAUUUUAUUUUGGACCAGCUUUGCAUAUCAUAGUUAUAUAGAGCUUUUAUCUGCAUUAAUGACUGGAAUUUUUACUGCUUGUGGAUUCCAUCUAUAUAUUAAUGAGUACUUAAAGAUAUAA